ACGUCCAAUGGGAACGCGGCUAAAGAUGUACCAAGUUCUUUGAAUACUGAGAACUCAGUUAAUAACAAACCAAAAUGUAUUUUAGAGCUUGAAUAUGUUCAAAAUUUCCUCAUCCACACAGCACUUUGGAUGUUAGAAACACACAGCAAGGGGAAAAAAACAUGAACAGUAAGCUACAUAUGUACUGUACAUUCCGAUCCACAGAGACGACCACACCUUUCUCACUUACAAAUUUGUCAUCUGAUCAAUAUUUCUAGAGUACUUCAUGUGUGUACCAACAGAUGCGACAAUCUGUUACUCAUAACGCUUGCAACCGUGAACCAUCUUCAGCGGAGGAACCACCACACAAGCGAGUCGACAUUUAGGUCACCGGAGCGAGGUGUGAUGAACAUGUGCAGUGAAUAUCCACCGCCUGAUAUUUCUGUCGAGUCCCCAAGAGGACGCCAAGAAGGUCUUCCUUCAAGACACUAGGAUCCAUUCCAUCAAGCAAAGAAUCCCGGGCCUUAGCACAAUGCCAGGACCACGGAAAGGUCACAAAAGGAAACACGAGGGCAGUGCAAGCAGUGAUUCUGGAAGAAGCAGCGGCAGCAACAACAGCAGUACCGGUACUACGAGUCCUUACUUCUCUAGAGCUAAAGCUAAAGUCUCCAAAGCUUCAAAGAAGAAUGAUGCAAGAUUGCCAGCCUCAUUCUUUGACAAGCCCUGCGAGGACUUGGCCAAGUCACUCCUGGGUCAGAGGUUAGUGCACGUGCUCAGUAGCGGGGAGCGCCUGUCCGGCACCAUCGUCGAGACGGAGGCAUACUUGGGAUCAAAGGACUCAGCGAGCCACUCCUACGAGGGUCGUAGGUCGGAUCGCGUGAAAGCCAUGUAUAUGACUCCUGGCACCUGCUAUGUGUAUCUCAUCUAUGGCAUGUAUGACUGCCUCAAUAUCUCCAGCAAGGGUGAUGGACAAGCAGUACUAAUCCGAGCCUUGGAACCCAAGGAGGGCAUCCCGACGAUGCGCAAAUUCCGCGACAAACGGCGCAAGAACCCGACCAAAGAACUCAAGACCAAGGACCUCUGCAAUGGACCGGGCAAGCUGACAGAGGCACUCCAGAUAACCAAGGCCGAAAUAAACCAGAUCAGCUUGGCCACCAGCCCUGCUUUGUGGGCGGAGAGGGGAGAGGGUCAGAUCAAGGAGGGGGACAUCAUAGCGUGCCCUAGGAUCGGAGUGGAUUACGCGACUCCAGAAUGGGUGAAGAAACCUCUGAGGUUUUACGUCAGGGGUGAUGUGUGCAUCAGCAAGAAGGACAAGGAAGCAGAGAAGGCUGCAGAGAAGGCUGCAGGGAAUUCUUGAUCAAUGCAAAACACUUUAAGGUGAUGUUGUAAAAUUUGACUGAAAUCGGAAAAUGAAAUAUACUUAGACCAUCAUAAAUGCACUGGUUUUCAAUGUGAAGUUAUUCAAGAUCAUUCUCACUUUGAUCAUGUAAAAAGAUCAAGAUAAUGAGGUAAAUAUAGCAAUUUGUGUUAAUUUUUCAGCUAGGGGUGAGCAUUUACGGGUAGUAUGGGAAUCAGGUACCCAAGUGAAAAAAACAACACGGGUACCCGUUGAAGAAACCCAACCCAAAAUUUAAAUCUCAGAAUUUGCUGUUCACAUUGUUCAUAAAGGUCCGCACGAUAAUACUACCACAUCUGUGUGUCAAUACAGCAAAAUACAAGUGUGUACAGUGAGCUCUUUAACUUUACGGUGCAAGUUGCAUUUUCGCAAGCAUCAUAAACGUGGAUCUGUUUUGUUUUUCCAUGUAGCCUGGUUUUCAUUUUGAAAAUUCCACAUAAAUGACAUUCAAAACCUUUCUUUUUCAUUGUCUGAUAACUUACUAAGUAAUAUGUAAAGUUAAUUGCGGUACUUGUUUCCAUAAUCUGGAACUGGUUCCUGACAUCAACGGUCGGGUACUCGGGUCCGAUGCAAACCCCUAUUUUCAGCUAAGUAUGUAAGUGCAACAGGGACUUCUUUAUGGCCCUGCGUUUUGUGUAUUCAUCCAGAUGAUUUGUUUAAAUUAUGAAAAUUACAAAGCAGCAACUCUGUAGUUUGAAGAAAAAAAUUGUAUUCAGUGAUACAAAAUGCAAUUUCCUCCUCGGUCAACAUGAACAAGUAACUAGGACAAAAAACAAGUUCAUGAUGUGCAUACAGGAAGAGAAUUGCAAGAAGUUUUUAUGAGUGUUAAGAUCUGUUUUCAUCUUCAGGAAAGACUUUAUACGGGUAACCUACUGUGAAUCAAUUUUGAAUAAAAAUGAAGUAAGCUAUGGAACAUUAAAACUCUUGCAAACUGGUAAAA